UCUCUCUCUCCCCUCCCUGUGAUCAGUUACUUUAUCGCUUCUUCUUCUUCUUCUUCCUCCUUCCUCUCUCUCUCUCUCUCUCUCUGUGCUCGAAGAAUACGUCUUCUCCUCUUGCCCCUGUUGACAGACUGCUCCGACGAGGCGAAUCGAGGGCCGUACUCGUUUCUGCCAACAUCGUUAAGUAAGUGGGGCCAUGUGAGCUUCCCAAAACAGACGGUGACUGGUGCUAUAAUUGUUAUUGGAUUGGUUUACCUGGUGUACAAAAGAUGGACAAAUGCAAGGGCUGUGGAAAAUUAGGAAGAAUGAUGGCAAGGGAUGGAAAUGUCAGUGUUCACCAGUUUGCUCUUCUUCUUUCUCCUGUUGUUUCUGUUUGGGAAUGUGUUGUCCGUAAAAUGAGGUAUUCCUACAGACCUGAGUGGGUGUAGUCUGUCUUUGUCUUAGGGCUCUUUAGCUUUCAAUACAGUAUCUAGGACUUUUACAUACAUUUAGCGGGAGAUAGGUGACAAACGAUCAUAGAUAAGUACAGGGAAUGAAUACAUUUUAGAGGAAUUCUUAUUCAGUUAGGAGUCCAAAAAAACAUAACUGAGCAGUAAAGAACCUAAGAGGCUGUUAGUUGUCAUGGAUAACUUGGGAAGCAAUAAAGCACAGCCUGCCGUGAGAAAAGUGAAGAAGAAACCGGGGAAAGAUGAGAUGGAUCGGCUCAAACAGGCGGAGAAGAAAAAGAGACGUCUAGAGAAAGCCCUUGCUACAUCUGCAGCUAUCCGCUCUGAGCUAGAGAAGAAGAAACAAAAGAAGAAAGAAGAACAGCAGAGGCUCGACGAAGAAGGCGCUGCAAUUGCCGAGGCUGUUGCUUUACAUGUUCUACUUGGUGAGGACUCGGAGGACUCCCACAAAAUCGUCCUGAACAAGUACAAGGGUUCUAAACCUUGGGAUUAUCCGAAUCACGUCAACUUUGUGAUGGGUGGGAGGCAUACAAACUCGCUAUAUCAGAGCAGUCCAAAGUGUUCGCUCGAGGGAAUUGAAUUUUUCCCUGGUGCUCAUGGACCUGGAUUCAGGCGGGGCGGUCUUGGAAGCAGCAACUGGUCUUUUGCAUCAGGAAUCCAUGGAAGGGAUCUAUACGGACUGAACAUAGACUGUGCAGGUUGGGCAGAUGCGGAAUCAUCCCCGGGACUUAUAGCGGCACAAGCUGUUUCAUCUCUCCGGAUCCGCGAGGACGCUCACGUGGACACUAUCUUUGUGGACGGGAUGCUAAGAGGGUAGCUGCAUUGUUUGAGUUCUUCCUACAGUGUCUGAAUCACCUGUCGUGCUUCUCUCGUGUUUCGCAAUAAACUGUUUUGUCGUGUAUAUACAUGUGAAUGCUUGUGAACUCCUUUCCUUACUCAUGUUGUGGGUUGUGUUUUCAGUGGUUGUGUGAUGGACAAAUAUAAGCUUUGUAUGGAUUGAAGUGAUUCUCUUGACUGACAAACACUGAACCUUUCUUAUGGUCA